CACACAGCAGAUUUCAUGCUGUCUGUAUAGAAGUUUUACUUUGAAAGGUCUCCCCGGAACCCGCCCUUCUUCUGAAACGUGUCGCUUAUUUGGCGACCACUGGGUCGUUGAGUGGCUGGACCCUUUCUGUGUCCGUGUCCGUGGGGAGAAAGGGGUUAAGCGGACAUUUGGAAAGACCCUGUCGUGGCGUAUAAAGCGCCCGUUACCCACACAGUCCGGCGGCCUGUGCUGGCACUACAGCGGCAGUGAUGCAGCCUUCUCCGUCGUCUCUACAAAGGCACACAGAAACGCGUCGGUAACCGAGAGAGACACGGCAGACCCGCGGAGUCUGCCGCCCGGGGCCCCCUUGUCCUCCCUCACCGCUGCCUCUUCCUGACCCGGCAUGCGAGGAUGUCCAGGAAGAUAAGGAGCGGCAAAGGUCGAGCAGCGAGCCGGAUCGAUGCUCCCACGGCCGGUGAAGUAGACUCGACAAAAAGCGUGUAGUUCGCCUGAACCCUGGCAGAAUUGGGCUCGGCUUCUCGGUGGCUUCCAGAGGCUCUCAGGAUGAGGAAACCCAGAGUGAUCCGGAUGGUUUUUGCCUUGUCCCUGGGAUGUUUCGUCAUGGUCAUAUUCUACUUUAACAGCAGCCUGAAGCCAGCCUCAGAGGCGGUGGGUGAAGGCAGCAGCAGACAGAAGUCCAGGAGGAGUCCUCUACAGACGCUGUAUGAUGGCGAUCAGGUUGAGUCGGCGGUACAGGCGAUCCAUCAGGGCAGACGGGAGCUGCUGGAAGAAGCUUGUCGCUCCUAUACCCGCAAACGUAGAGUCCUCAUCCCCGAGGACCUGAAGCACAUCAUCGUGGACGACCAGCACGGCUUGCUCUACUGCUACGUGCCCAAAGUGGCCUGCACCAACUGGAAGCGGGUGCUCAUGGUUCUAACGGGCGUUGCCGGGUCCAACACAGACCCUCUCGCGAUCCCUGCCAACGAGGCCCACAUCCCCGGAAACCUCCGCACACUUUCUGAGUACUCCACCUCCCAGAUCAAUCAGCGGCUGCGCUCAUACCUGAAGUUCGUCUUCGUGCGCGAGCCCUUUGAGCGGCUGGUGUCUGCAUAUCGCAACAAAUUCACACGGAGCUACAACACAGCCUUCCAUAAACGAUACGGCACAAAGAUAGUGCAGCGGCACAGGCCGGACCCACAGCCGGAAGCUCUGGAGAGAGGAAAUGACGUCUCCUUUGAGGAGUUUGUCUAUUACCUCGUGGACCCAGCCACCCAGCGAGAAGAGCCCUUCAACGAGCACUGGGAGCGGGUGCACUCACUGUGCCACCCCUGCCUCAUCCACUACGACGUGGUGGGGAAAUACGAGACGCUGGAGCAGGACUCCCGCUAUGUGCUGCAGCUGGCCGGGGUGGAGGACCAGGUCAGCUUCCCCGCCUCGUCCAAGAGCACCAGGACUACAGGAGACAUGGCUGCCCAGUUCUUCCACAACAUCAGCCCUUUUUAUCAGAAGAAGCUGUAUAAUCUCUAUCGCAUGGACUUCCUGCUCUUCAAUUACUCUGUACCGGCCUACCUCAAGUUUAGAUGAGGCUGGAUUUCGCUCACACACAGAAACUAAAUUACAGAGCCUGGACACCUGCAGAAGAAGCUUCUCCAUGCAAACACUGCAAGUUCUGUUUUAAGAGAAAGAAGAGCAAUCCUUGUCAGAGCUCCAAAGAAAACUAAUUUUAUUCUUGAGACAGAACAUUGCAAUGGAGAACUCUUGAAGGAAUCAUGAGAUCAACAUUGUUGCCUAAAAAAAAAAAAAAAAAAAAAGGCAAAUCCUAUUGUACUGUAGUUAUCGAGCAACUAGAUGUUGCUCAUUGCCUUUGAAUGUGUGAAACAGGGUUGGGCGAUAUGCUGAAAUCUUCCAUCCGGGCCACCGUCAGUCCAACUACUGCGUUGCUAUAAUAUCUGUUUGCAAUCAUCAAAGAGAUAUUUGAGGAAAAGAAGAAUCAGCUUUUGGGGUUUAUUAUGGUUGUAACUGUCUGAGGUCUACGUCAUCAUAUGUGAUAACUCGAACUCUAUAUUUAUGAGCGAGGCAAAACUGGCUUUUCUCUUGUCAGUCAGAAUGAUUUGUUUCUUUGUUCCCAGUUUUCCAAAUCUUGGGAGAGAAAUUUAAUAAAAAAGAAACUUGUAUACUCUGAUUGCCUGGCGUUGGAGUUAAGGUUAGAUUAAGGUCCAAUAAUGACAAUUUAAACAUCAGACUGUUAAACCGGACAAACCAAAGGAUCUAAACUAGGCAGUAAGAUGAAGUGCGUCCACGCGGUACAAACAGCAGGAUAACCUGCUUGCUAAUUGAUUAGGGUGCCCAACUGCACAUGUAGUUUUUGGUCUACUUCUUUAAUUUGAUUGAAUAAUAUAGAUGUUUUUAUUCGGUGCCAAUCAAUUCAACAGCAGCCACUUAAAAAUGGCAAAAGUGUUUAGUGUUUUGUGAAAUGUUUUCCUAUACAUGUACAGUAUGAAUUGACGUUUGAUUUAGUCUAAUAUGUCUCCAUUUAAAAAAAGAUUUCUGCUUGUAAUUAUGCAGAAUCUCAACCUGAAGCUUUUGGCUUUUCUGUGCGAGUAGCAUGUGAUUACAUGCAGGAUGUGAAGAGCAGAAAAAGGGAUCGCAUUGCUGAAGUGCAAACUUAAAACUGCUGGCUUUUAUUGGACAGUAAUUUGAAUCUAAAUUUGAAAAUGUUCGUCAGUGCUUAGAAGAUCAAGCGUUGGCCAGGAUAUCUGCUGGCAGUGCUCAAAGCCUCAGAGGAAUCAUUGGAUAGUAGAAAGCUCCCAGGUUGAUGGCUUCCUGGUCCAUUAUGUUAACAUAAGAAAUAUGCCCAGCCCUACCCACCAACCAAAAAAGAGCAAGAAAGUGCAAAAAACCCGGCUUUGGACUAUAUGCGAUAUAAGCGUUUAUAUUUUUCCGAUCACUCAGUCCUAGCAUGGAAUAUUUUUGGCUUCAUCUUAUUCUGGUUGUGGUCUGCUGUUUUUAAAAGUGUAUUUGCACGACAAACGUUAUUGUUGCAAGUUCCAUAGCAUAAUGAUUAAAGUAUUAAAAUCAUGUUUAGACAGUGAAUGUCUCUCAACAUGUGUGCCUUUGCUUUUGGGCCUUUUUUUUUUUUUUUUUUUUUUUUUGGUCAGUUGUAAAUGACAACUUUUGUAACUGUGACUUUGUUUACUUUUUCGUACUGUAGGAGGAGACUUUUGUGUAAACUAUGACAUUGUCUUUAUUUAUUGUGCCAUUUCUGAUUCCACAGAGUCAAACCAACCAAAAUAGGUAAAGUUUCUCUCACGAUUUUCAAAUAAAAUGCAUCUCAGAAAGAACUUGUUAAUUCCUUAAUAGUGACAAGAAUUCUCAACACAAUAACGCAGAAUACGGCCUGCACAUUUUGCAUGUCAAUCUUUUAUUGAAAUGAUAAACCAUGACUGGAUGUGACCUAGAAGUGUUUAUAAAGGCAACGGUACUACGAAGUCCAGUCAAGCUCGAUGUCAGUGGAAAUAGGAUUAAUUACUGUUUCUGAGUGCUAUUUCCAGACCACUAACAACAAGCUAAAAGUGCAUAUCAAACAAUUGAGAAGGCCCCAUACAGAAAAGUGCAUACUAAAUCAUUUGUUCACAAAAAUAGCACAAAAACAAUCCGUGCCAUCAAUACCUGGAACACGGACACGGUUAAAUACGACAGGCUAUAUUCAGUGGCAUCGUGCUGCACAAAAAAAAAAAUAAGAGAUCCAGUAGAAAUUUGGCAAGAACCAACUGAAGGCUCGUCACGGUUUAAAAGGCACAAAUCUACAGAAAAUAAGCACGAUUAAAAUCUAACAUUCAUCCAGACUGUGCAACGCCUAGUAUACAUUUACACUUAGUUAUAUAUGUUGUUAUUGCCUGAAUACGAUCAUUUGCCUUGUAACAUUUAGGAGCUGACAACAGGUGUACAGAUGUGCCAACGGUUAUUACGGUGGUUCUACAUUACUCCCACUCGCUGCAUCCACUUUGAAUGGACUGUGGUUUUGAUAAUAACCACAGUGAGCUGGUGAAUAUGGAGACUAAAGUGCAAAAGAACUCCACCCUGUCCGCGUGUUUAUUUUUUUCUUCCACCACCUGUUUCCUGUAUUCUCUUUUUUUACAUGUUGCUUAUCUACAGUGGGAAUAUCUGUGCCUCAGUGCUGGGUGUGAAGAGCUAUCGGCAGUGAAAAAAAUCAAAAUUGAUAUAAACUAUAGUGCAAGAGUCUCAAGCCCCUCAUUUCUUUAUAUUUUGCUAAAAUGGUUGCAAAGUAAUAUGCAAUGCAAAAACAGUGUCUGUACGAUUGUAACAAGCUUCAAAGCAAGCAUUUUUGUGAUUUUGUUCAGUAGUCCUCACGAUUAGUUCUCUAGGCUUCUUGAAGGACACUCAAAGCUCUUCUCUGGAUCUUUCUGCCUUUCGUUCAGUUCUCUGCAGAGAUCAUCCCACACUGCUUCAAUAAUGUUGAGGUCCGGGCUCUGGGGAGGCCGACCCAUGACUCAGUGCUGCACCGAGUUCUGGGGAUCAUUGCCAUGCCGACAAAUGAAGUUGCUGCCAAUCAAAUGCUUUGGUAUUGCAUAGUGGAUCACGAUCUCCAACACCACCGUUUCCUCACAUUUUUUAACGACGCACUGCACACCAUGGCAAGAGAUGCCAGGUUUUCAGCUAAUAGUUGUUCAUAUGUGUUAAUUGGCUUAACAAAAAAAGUAUUCCUCUGAAAGUGGUCAGGUACAAGCACUGAACUGAAAAUGGGUGAAAACUCAGCCAAUGUCCAAAGAAAAACUUUGAAAGACCUUCUGAAAACCUGGAGAACUAUUGCUCAAGACCUUCUUUUGAAGGGGGGAGGGGAAGUAACGUAUAAUGAAGGGAUGGGGAGACUCAAGAUUAUUGCACAGUACUGUAUGUUGUGAAUAAAUUAUAACCACACAAUGAAUGAUUUACUUUUCACAAAAUAAAA